AUGGCAGGCGGUGCUGUAGUCUCAGGUGGGGGCAUUGGCGAGAACGCCAACAAGUCCAAGUUUGUUGGCAUCCUUGUCACGGCCUUCGCCGCAUUCGGCGGUAUCCUCUAUGGAUACGACACGGGUACCAUCUCUGGUAUCAUGGCCAUGCCCGACUGGCUCAAGACGUUCGGUAGCCCGGUCGCGGUUUCUGAUCAAUACCCGGAUGGCUUCGGUGUCACCUCCAGCCAGUCUUCCUUGAUUGUCUCCAUUCUCUCGGUCGGCACGUUCUUCGGUGCGCUUAGCGGCGCUUAUGUCGGUGACUUCAUUGGUCGCAAGUUUGGUAUCAUCUUCGCCACGCUUAUCUUCUCUGCUGGUGUGGCCAUGCAGACCGCUGCCACGGCCAUCCCGCUCUUCGUCGCCGGUCGUUGCAUCGCCGGUCUCGGUGUCGGUCUCAUCUCCGUCAUGGUCCCCAUGUACCAGUCCGAGUGCGCCCCGAAGUGGAUUCGUGGUGCCGUCGUCUCUGGCUACCAGUGGGCCAUCACCAUCGGUCUUCUCCUCGCUGCCGUCAUCAACAACGCCACCAAGGACCGCCCGGACCACUCUUCCUACCGUAUCCCCAUCGCCAUCCAGUUCAUCUGGGCUUUCGUCCUCGACGCCGGCAUGCUCUUCCUCCCCGAGUCGCCCCGUUUCCUCGUCAAGAAGCACAAGGACGUCCAGGCUGCUAAGGCUAUGGGCCGCCUCCUCGCUCUUCCUUACGACUCCGCCGAGGUCGAGUUCGAGCUCAACGAGGUCCGCGCUGCUCUCCAGAUUGAGGAGGAACUUAACGCCUCGUCGUGGCUCGACUGCUUCAAGGCAUCGGACAACAAGAUUCGCCUGCGUACCCUCACCGGUAUCGCCCUCCAGGCCUUCCAGCAGCUCACCGGUGUCAACUUCAUCUUCUACUACGGCACGACCUUCUUCAAGCAGUCUGGUAUCAAGGACGCCUUCCUCAUCUCCGUCGCCACCAACGUCGUUAACGUGUUCAUGACGCUGCCCGGUAUGUGGGGUGUCGAGAAGCUCGGUCGCCGUACUCUCCUCCUCGGUGGUGCCGCCGGCAUGUGCGUUUGCGAGUUCCUCGUCGCAAUCAUCGGCGUUACCAUCUCGGUCAACGACCAGGCCGGCCAGAAGGCACUCAUUGCCCUCACGUGCAUCUACAUCGCGUUCUUCGCCUCGACCUGGGGUCCCGUCGCAUGGGUCGUCAUCGGCGAGAUCUUCCCCCUCAGCGUUCGCGCCAAGGGUAUCGCCAUGUCCUCCGCCUCCAACUGGCUCUGGAACUGGGCGAUUGCCUACGCGACGCCCUACCUUGUCGACAGUGGUCCCGGCGACGCCAACCUCGGCGCCAAGGUGUUCUUCAUCUGGGGCGGCUGCUGUUUCCUGUGCUUCGCCUUCGCGUUCUUCUUCAUCCCCGAGACCAAGGGGCUUUCACUCGAGCAAGUCGACCUCCUCUACAUCAACUCGACGCCCCUCACCUCGAACGCAUACCGCAACAAGCUCUUCGCGGAGGACACCCACGUCCAGAACGCCGUUCCCCACGAGCACAAGGACCACGAUGUUGCGUCCAUCGAGAAGGUUUAA